AUGGCCACAGUCCCUCUGGAUGUUGGUCUGAUUUUUGUACGUGAGUACUACACAUUCCUGAAUAAGAAACCACAGCGGAUCCAUGCCUUUUACAGCAAGAAUUCCGUUUUGGUGAGAGGUGAUGAGGGCGAUGUGGCCAAGACAUAUCGGGGCCAGGAGGUAAGAGAAAUAAAGAGUAUGGAAGAGCUGAAUUUCGAAGAUUGUAAAGUACUGGUAACCCAGGUCGAUAGCCAAAUGUCAGCCAAUGAUGGCAUCCUCAUCCAAGUGCUGGGUGAGAUGUGCAAUCUAGAUAACCCACCUCAGAAAUUCAGUCAAACUUUCUUUCUUGCACCACAACACAAGGGAUACUAUGUCCUCAACGACAUCUUUCGCUUUCUCAAAGAAGAAGUC